UUAAACCCAUGUUUCAAACUUCAGGGCCUCACGGGUAUUGAUUCUCUAUUUUUAUAGACGGCAAUUUGUCCCCAACAAACUUUCACACCUGGUCUUAAAUGUUUUAUAUUCUCUUACUAUUCAUCCCUUGUCCUAAGCUGCCCCACAGUCCAAGCCAUGUCUGUCUCUUCUUCUUCUUCUUCUUCUUCUUGUGUCUUUGUUUUCACUUGUUUGCUCAUCAUUUGCUUGAUUACCCUCCACAUCACAAUGUGUGCAGCCAAACCCAAAAAUAACACUCGCAGUCCCCGCCAACUCUCCAUUGGCUAUUACGCCAAAGCAUGCCCUCAACUUGAGCAGCUCGUUGGGUCCGUCACCAGCCAACAGUUCAAAGAAGAACCAGUUUCUGGGCCUGCUACCAUUCGCCUCUUCUUCCAUGACUGCUUCGUAGAAGGCUGUGAUGCAUCAAUACUGAUAUCAUCCAAGCCGGGAAGCAAAAUGUUGGCGGAGAAGGAUGCAGAGGAUAACAGGGACCUAAGAGGGGAGGGAUUUGAGACCAUUAGGAAGGCCAAAGCCUUAGUGGAGAGCAAGUGCCCUGGUAUUGUAUCCUGUGCAGACAUUCUAGCAAUUGCAGCCAGAGACUAUGUGCAUUUGGCCGGAGGUCCGUAUUACGAAGUGAAAAAAGGAAGGUGGGAUGGAAGAAGAUCAAUGGCAUCAAGUGUAGCCUCCAACAUCCCACGAGCAAAUUUCACAGUGGAUCAGCUGCUCAAGCUCUUCAGCUCAAAAGGGCUAACUCUAGAAGAUCUGGUGGUCCUCUCGGGUGCACAUACAAUGGGAUUUGCACACUGUGACAACUUUGUGAGCAGGCUGUAUGACUAUCAUGGCACAAAGCAGCCUGACCCAGCCAUCGAUCCAAGGCUCCUCAAGGCACUGAGAAUGUCAUGCCCCCAUUCUGGUGGCAACACAGACAUUGUAGCACCCUUUGAUGUUACCACCCCAUUCUUGUUCGACCACGCUUACUAUGGCAAUUUGGUAUCUAAACUAGGCUUGCUAGCCUCGGACCAAGCUUUAUUUUUGGACCCAAGGACCAAACCACUGGUUCAGACUUUGGCAAAGGAUAAGCAUAAUUUUUUCCAGGCAUUUGCAGAAGCUAUGGAGAAAAUGGGUUCAAUUGGUGUGAAGAGGGGAAGAAGACAUGGAGAGAAAAGAAAAGACUGUAGUAUGCAUAUCUCUUGAUGGCUGUGUUUUUCUUUUUAAUUUUAAUUUUUUUAAUUUUAUGUGUUUGGUGGAGAUGGAUUGGUUUUUGGUCCAUUUUCGGUUCAAUUUGAUGACCACAUUAAUUCAGAACACUUUUUGUAUCCUA